GGAUUCACUUUCAACAAACAAUCCUUUCACUCGAAAGAAUUUGCAAAAUGAGAACUUUCUCUAUCAUAUCCAUGGUAUGACGAUGACCUACUAUAGUAAUCAAGCAAGCAUCCAUACUGGAAACGCAUGAGAACUUGGUCUCAAGCGGUUACAUCAUUCACGAUUUUCCAUCAUAAAGUUUAUUGUGCGCAACCUGAACUUUUUCAACAUACCUUCAAGCAUACAUCCAAGCAACGAAACCUCUCACACAACACCAAAGAUUACACCAAGAAAAUUCCACAAUGACAGCAUCAUACAAUCCAACAAUCGAGGCAACCGACGCAACCGACGCACGGAAUACAGAACCCCACGAUCCACACACAAACCAUGACGAGACUCCAUUGUUCGAAAACGUGAACACCAUCCAAAUCCCAGACCCCGCAAUCUUCAACCACAAUCCUCUCUAUCCCUCGAUACCUCCCUGUAGUUUGUUCCCACCGUACGCAAUGUGGGAGCAAGAAAUGAAGACAAAACUAGAGGUGUACAGCCGCGCCUCUUUUUCCAUUCGCAUGGCGUAUGUCCUGUCUCGACUUGGGGAUACACCGAAAUCGCAUCUCGAGUCGAGGAUGAGAGAGGGUGCGUCGGAUAGGUUUACGUGUACGGAUGAGAUGUUUGAGGUUUUGGAGGGGGUUUAUGGAGAUCGGAAGGGUAGAGGAAAUAAGGAAGUGAGGAAUAUGGGUUCUGGUAACUAGGGAGUGGUUUGGGAUUCCAAGGGGGGGGGUUAAAUGGAGUUACCUGGUUUGAUAAUUAGCUCUUGGGGAAGGGUUGAUGGUCGGUAAGUUUUCGUUUGGGUUUACGCAUAUUCUGCAAUGACGGUUCGACGCUCUUGCUGGGCUCGAAAAAAAAUGGUACGAGGGAGAAGUUGGCUGGCUGCAUUUCGUUAUCUGAAAUUCCAAACCUGCGCUUUUGGGAGAUCGAUGUGUGACUUUUCAAAAGUCAACGGGCUUGUUAUUGGGAAGACUGAUUGAUCAUGAAGAGACAUGAGAUCUUGAGUUCUGUCCCCGUCACUUUACAUUCACGGGUACGUGCCAGCAACUUUAAGUGUAUUCUCAUAUUACAGAGCGCGGAGAAAGGAGAAAGGUAUUAUUGGCUAUCAGCAUAUCAGGAUCUAUGGAAAUGAAAUAAUCGAAAGCGGGAAAAUCA